AUGGAAAUGAGAUGUUGCCCAACAACGGUGAUGUGCUGUGCUCUUGCGGUUCUCUGCUCCAUCGCUCGUUCCGUGGAUGCUUCGUUCGGGGACAGACAGUACCUCAACGAAUGGGCGGUGGAGAUUCCCGGAGGACCGGACGCCGCCAGGUCCAUCGCCAAAGAACUGGACUACCGAGUAGUCCGCCAGGUAGGUUAGCGCCACAGCAACGCCCGAGAACACUUCACCCUCCACAGUAGUGGUCUUGGAACUGUGUAUCUCUUUACAUUAUACAAUGAAUUUGCAUCUUUCUGUGUUCAAUUUGGCUCAGUAUCUUGUCUUGGUGUCAGUAUUCCACUUUAUUAUUAUUAUUAUUAUUAUUAUUAUUAUUAUUACUAUUAUUAUUAUUAUUAUUAUUAUUAAUUCGGUUGUAUACAGCUGAAAGCUGAGAUGGAGGGUGCCAUGGCAGCCUUGUUGCUGAUGUUGUAGCUUACACAGACAACAUCCUUACUGAAUUUAUGCUUCAACUGAGAUUUAAAACACAGCAACUAUAGUGAUUGGUGCACUCUGUCAAUCAUCUUCAUAAUUCUGGUCGGAGUGAGCAGGGAAAUUCAAUAGUGUAACCCAGGGUUUCACAUACUUGAUCCUGGUGUAACCGUGUAUUUGCAUAUCACUGUUACUUUAUAAUAAGUAAAUGUAUGUCAUCAAACAAGCACAAACAAUUAGUCUUAAAAUGUAUUUGGGCAAAAGAUGGGGAUCCAAUCCAUAUUUCAUGUAAUAGGCUUUAACAAUGACUCAUUGUGUGCUGUAUACUGAUGAUAGCCCCCUUCUGUAAAUAUGUCUAUCUCCAAUGUUGUAAUUCACUGUCUACCUUGUCCAAAAUAAACAUAUUAGGCCUACAGUAUAGACCCCCAGGUGAUCUCUCUCUAGUCUACUCAGAGGAACCUAGCUCUCUCACUACACAGGUCAAUGAUUAACCUGUGUUUCCAUUCAGACAGGGGGGUGGGUAUGAUGCCAUAUCAGCUCCACCAAUAUAAUAGGCCUAAACUAUGGCUCAGAGUAACACGUAUCCUAGAUUAGUGAUAUUUUUCUUUUACUUUUAAGCAGUAUCUAUGAUUGACUCAUUAUUUGCACAAUAUGCAUGAUAUUCUGAUAAGCACCUUUAGAUUCAGUGGGUUUAGCUGUGUUAUGCUUUCCCAGGAAAUUCCUGAACAAGGCCUGCUGUAAAUAUAACUAAUAAGGAAACUGGCAGGCCUAUUGCUGUUGUGGUGGUAUCUGCCUUCAUGUCAUAGAAAUAUAAUAAUUGAAUAUCAACAGCUACCCAUGUUUGAGAGUGAUCGAAGGUACUGGUUCAACAAGCUGUUCAAGACAUUUAAAGGGAAUGUCAUUCCUGGUGUAAUAUGACCCAAGGCACUUGAUUAAUAUAUAAUUAAUAAUUGCAGGCAGUCCUAUGUUACGGGAUUGACAGGAAGAGGAUAAUGGUGUUACAUCACUGUUAUGAAAUAUUAAAUAACCCACCACUCUCCUCUUGUCUGCAGAUUGGGGCGCUAGAAAACCAUUACUUGUUCAAACACCAGUCUCAUCCUAGCAGGAUGAAACGAAGUGCCGAUCACAUCACCAAACGCCUGUCCGAGGAUGAUCGGGUAAACAGUCCUAUAUCUGUAACGUUGUCUAUGGAUGUGUCUGAAAUGGUGGCACCCUAUUUCCUAUAUAGUGCACUACUUUUGACCAGGGAAGUACACUAAAGGGAAUAGGGUGCCAUUUUGGACACAGUGUGUCUCUUCUGGUAGACUCUUCUCACGGGUACAGUUCUCCAAUUUUCAGAAUAAAACACAUGUGCGUGUGAAUUAGCUACGUAAGAAAAUAUACAGCAUAAACAUAAAUAUGGCAGUAUUCUGAUAUCUCUCUGUCUGUUUGGGCGUCAAGGUAUCGUGGGCGGAGCAACAAUAUGAGAAGCGGCGCAGUAAGCGGGCGUCACUGGGGUCAUGCCGGGACUGUCCGGUGGACAAGCUGUUCAAUGACCCUAUGUGGAACCAGCAGUGGUACCUGGUAAGUCCCAAAGAUCCACACGUUCCCAUAUGUUUCCUAUAAGUCAUACCCGGUGAGUAAUAUUACCGUUUGAACAGUCUAGGUUGUUUUAUGGUUAUUUGGUUGUCUGUGUGGUUCAUUGGUUGUUUGGUUAUCUGUGUGGUUAUUUGGUUGUCUGUGUGGUUAGUUGGUUGUUUGGCUGUCUGUGUAGUUAUUUAGUUAUUUCUUGUCAUGGCCAAUAGCCAGUGCCAGAAUUGAAAUGCUGAAUAAACAGCAAUCUAAAAUGUGUUUUCUGACCAGACUAUCAGUGAUGUCAGUUCAGAUCCGGCUGGUGUCUGCUGCUGCCUUCUGUUUGACCUGAUUCACAAACAAAAUCCUAGCCUGGUCCCAGAUCUGUUUGUGCUGUCUUGCCAAUUCCUAAUGGUCAUAGUCAUUGGGUAUUGGAAAGACAGCACAAACAGAUCUGGGACCAGGCUAACACAAUCCCAGAGCCCCCUGAGAUUCAGCACUGGCAGGGACGGACAGCUUCCUAAUGAGUAGAUGUUUUGCCUUCAUAAGCCUUUUAGAGAAGUGUGUAUAGCACCAGUUCAUUAGAGGUCUUGCGUUAGACUUAGGGGGUUGUAUUAAUGUUGUUGCCUAUCACAAUUAGGAUCUGUCCAAUUGAAAGGAAAGCCUACAUGUGUGAGGAACAGCAUGUGUGUACAUUGGCGUGUGUCAAGGCUGAGGUGUAUGUGGUGUGGGAGUCAGGCGCAGGACACCGAAGCUUAGUCCAACAAAGUUUACUGUGAAACCACUAGGCAAAGAUACAGUAAACGGCCUCAAAACAAAACAGAGGCGAGCAAUACGCAAACUAUGCGUAUUACACUAAACAACGAAACAGAAACAAAAACACGCAGCACUACGGACAGGCGAAAAACAACACACAACCUAACCAAUACAAAACAGGCAACUUAUAGGACACGUAAUCAGACACAAACGGACACAGGUGUAAAAGACAGACAAAAGCAAUCAAACAUAGAAAGAUUCAACGGUGGCAGCUAGUACUCCGGGGACGACGAACGCCGAAGCCUGCCCGAACCAGGAGGAGGAGCAGCCUCGGCAGAAUCCGUGACAGUACCCCCCCCCCCUUGACGCGCGGCUCCAGCCGUGCGCCGACCCCGGCCUCGGGGACGGCCAGGAGGACGCGGAUCCGGGCGCGUGGGAUGCCCACGGUGGAACUCAGUCAGGAGGGAUGGAUCUAGGAUGUCCCUCCUAGGCACCCAGCACCGUUCCUCCGGACCGUACCCCUCCCACUCCACGAGAUACUGGAGACCACUCAUCCGGCGCCUCGAGUCCAAGAUGGUCCGGACCCUGUACGCCAGGGCCGCCUCGAUGUCCAAAGUGGGCGGAGGGGUCUUUCUUAUCUCAUCUUCUUGGAGUGGGCCAGCUACCACCGGCCUGAGAAGAGACACAUGGAACGAGGGGUUAAUAUUCUUGUACUCAAUAGGCAGUUGUAACCUGUAACACACCUCGUUCAAUCUUCUCAGGACUUUAAAGGGCCCCACAAACCGCCGACCCAGCUUCCGGCAGGGCAGGCGGAGGGGCAGGUUUCGAGUCGAGAGCCAGACUCGAUCUCCCGGUGCAUAUACCGGUCCCUCACUGCGGUGGCGAUCGGCGCUCGCCUUUUGUUGACGGAUGGCCCGCUGCAGAUGGACAUGGGCAGCGUCCCAUGUCUCCUCCGAGCGCCGAAUCCACUCAUCCACCGCAGGGGCCUCGAUCUGGCUCUCGUGCCAUGGUGCCAGGACCGGCUGAUACCCUAAAACACACUGGAAAGGUGUUAAAUUGGUGGAGGAGUGGCGGAGAGAGUUCUGGGCCAUCUCUGCCCAGGGGAUAUACCUAGACCACUCCUCCGGCCGGCCCUGGCAAUAGGACCUCAGAAACCUACCCACAUCCUGGUUGACUCGUUCAACCUGCCCAUUGCUCUCUGGGUGGUACCCCGAGGUAAGGCUCAUCGAGACCCCCAAGCGUUCCAUGAACGCCCCCCAGACUCUGGAGGUGAACUGGGGACCUCGGUCAGACACAAUAUCCUCGGGGACCCCAUAGUGCCGGAACACGUGGGUAAAUAGGGCCUCAGCGGUCUGUAGGGCAGUAGGGAGACCCGGCAUUGGGAGGAGACGACAGGCCUUGGAAAACCGAUCCACAACGACCAAAAUGGUGGUAUUCCCCUGGGAGGGGGGUAGGUCGGUCACAAAAUCCACCGAGAGGUGGGACCAUGGUCGUUGUGGAACGGGCAGGGGAUGUAACUAUCCCCUGGGCAAAUGUCUAGGCGCCUUACACUGGGCGCACACCGAGCAGGAGGAGACAUAAACCCUCACAUCCUUAGCUAACGUUGGCCACCAGUAUUUCACGCUAAGGCAGUGCACUGUCCGGCCAAUACCUGGAUGUCCAGAGGAGGGUGAUGUAUGAGCCCAAUAAAUAGGGCGAUCACGAACCUCGAGCGGAACGUACGUCCGCCCCACAGGACACUCGGGGGGGAGUAGGGUCGGUACGCAGUACCCGCUCGAUCUCCGCAUCGACCUCCCACACCACCGGAGCCACCAGACAAGACUCCGGCAGUAUGGGAGUAGGCUCAAUGGACCUCUCCUCUGUGUCAUACCGCCGGGACAGGGCGUCUGCCUUACCGUUCUGGGACCCUGGGAUGUAUGUGAUCUUAAAAACAAACCGGGUCAGGAACAUGUUCCACCUAGCCUGACGAGGGUUCAAUCUCCUAGCUGCCCGGAUGUACUCCAGGUUACGGUGAUCAGUCAGAAUGAGGAAAGGGUGUUGAGCCCCCUCAAGCCAAUGCCUCCACACCUUUAGGGCCUGGACUACAGCUAACAGCUCCCUGUCCCCUACGUCAUAAUUACGCUCCGCCGAGCUGAGCUUCUUGGAAUAGAACGCACAGGGGCGGAGCUUAGGUGGCGUGCCGGACCGUUGUGACAGGACUGCCCCAAUACCGGCCUCGGACGCGUCUACCUCUACUUGGAAUGGUAAAGAGGGAUCCGGAUGCGCCAGCACCGGGGCCGAGGUGAACAGGUUCUUCAGUUUGACAAAUGCCCUGUCCGCCUCAGCUGACCACUGCAAACGAACCGGACCCCCCUUUAGCAGGGACGUAAUGGGAGCUGCAACCUGUCCAAAGCCCCGGAUAAACCUCCGGUAGUAAUUAGCAAAACCCAAAAACUGCUGCACCUCUUUUACAGUGGUUGGAGUUUGCCAAUUACGCACGGCCGACACACGGUUCAACCUCUAUCUUCACACCAGACGCAGACAACCGAUAACCCAAAAAGGAGACUGACUCCUGGAAGAACAAGCAUUUUUCUGCCUUGACAUACAAGUCAUGCUCCAACAGUCUCCUCAACACUCGGCGCACCAGGGCUACAUGCUCGGCUCGUGUAGAAGAGUACACUAGGAUGUCGUCGAUGUAUACUACCACACCCUGCCCAUGCAUGUCCCGGAAAAUCUCGUCAACAAAGGAUUGGAAGACUGAAGGAGCAUUCAUUAACCCGUAUGGCAUGACGAGAUACUCGUAAUGACCCGAGGUGGUGCUAAAUGCUGUUGUCACGGGUUACAAAGCCAGAACCCAGAAGCAGACCAGGACAAGGUGAGUUGAAACGAAGGUGAGUGUUUAUUUAACAGAUUCAAAAGCGAUGCUGAAUAAUCCAGGGAACAGAGCGGGCGGCGGAGAUGAGUUGGUGGGGGUGCAGUGACAGGUCCAAUAAUGGCUCGGCAGCCGCCGACCACCAGGCAGGGGUUGGGUGAAGGUUCCGGGUGAGUGACUGCAGAUAGAACAAAACGGAGGUAAGUACACAGCAAGCCAACAAGGUGCAAAACAACAAAACUAACGCUAGAAGCUCUAAGGCUGAUACACUGAUAAACAUACUGUUCAUGGCUAACGAUCCGGCAGGGAAUGGAUGUCAGGUCAGAGCUUAAAAAGGGUGAUGAUCAGGACCAGGUGUGCAGAUCGCUGAUGGGAUGCAGGUGCGGUUAAUCAGGAGAGCUCCCGCCUAGCAACGUCGCCCGGCAACCAGGCAGGGAGCGUUCCAGAACCCUCAGGAAACUGGAGAUUCCGAGCAGAAAAUGACAACACAGGCAGGAACCGACUCAGGAUGCAGGGUUCAUGACAGCUGUUUUCCAUUCAUCCCCCUCCCUAAUGCGCACCAGAUUGUACGCGCUCCUGAGAUCCAAUUUUGUGAAGAACCGCGCUCCGCGUAAUGAUUCUGUCAUAGUCGCAAUCAGUGGAAGAGGGUAACUGUACUUAACCGUGAUCUGAUUGAGACUACGGUAAUCAAUACACGGGCGCAAACCCCCGUCCUUCUUCUUCACAAAGAAGAAACUCGAGGAAAUCGGGGAAGUGGAGGACCGUAUGUAUCCCUGUGCCAAGGACUCGGCUAUGUAAGUCUCCAUAGCCGCUGUCUCCUCUUGAGAUCUAUCGCACAAUCCCCCUGUCUAUGAGGUGGUAGCCGUGUUGCCCUCGUUUUGCUGAACACCAGUGCUAAAUCCUCAUAUUCAGGGGGAAUGCGCAUUGCGGGCACUUGGUUCGGACUCUCUACCGAGGUCGCCCCUAAGGAAACCCCUAGACAUCUCCCUACACACUGGGCAGACCACUCCAUAAGAGCCCUCUGUUGCCACGCAAUGGUAGGAUCAUGGGCGCUUAACCAGGGAAGCCCCAGCACCACGGGAUACGCAGGAGAGUCAAUCAGAUAAAACUGAAUGAUCUCCUCAUGACCCCCCUGCGUCGUCAUCUUAAGUGGUGCUGUGACUUCUCUGAUCAACCCCGACCCCAACGGCCGGCUGUCUAGGGCAUGAACAGGAAAGGGGGCUUCUACCGGCCGAAGGGGAAUUCCUAACCUAUAACAAAAUGCACGAUCAACAAAAUUCCCAGCUGCGCCUGAAUCUACUAGCGCCUUAUGCUGGGAAUGAGGUGCCACCUGUGGAAAUCUCACAGGUAUACACAUGUGACCAACAGAGAGCUCUGGGUAAGUGGGGCGCCUACUCACCUGAAAUGACUCCCCAGUGCGUGACCUGUUGUCCCCUCUCCCAGGAGACCCUCCCCAGCACCUGGCCGUGGUGUGUCCUCCACGGCCACAGUUGGUGCAGGGGAUGGCCCCCCUCGGGUUCUCUCUCCUCCUCUCUCUAGCGCCAGCACCUCCGAGCUCCAUGGGAAUCGGCUCGGAGGUGCUGGAGGGUGGAAUGGACGACCCCCACUCGGGACGUCCGCGGGUAGCCAGCAGGGUGUCGAGACGGAUGGAGAUGUCCACCAACUGGUCGAAGGAUAGGUUGGUGUCCCUGCAGGCCAGCUCACGACGAACGUCCUCUCGUAGGCUACACCGGUAAUGGUCGAUGAGGGCCCUCUCAUUCCACCCCGCAUCCGCCGCUAGAGUCCGGAACUCCAGGGCGAACUCCUGUGCGCUCCUCCUCCCCUGUCGGAGGUGGAACAGACGCUCCCCCGCCGCCUUCCCCUCAGGUGGAUGAUCGAAGACAGCCCUGAAGCGGCGGGAGAACUCCGCGUAGGUGAUGGUAGCGGCGUCUAUUCCCCUCCAUUCGGCGUUGGCCCACUCCAACGCCUUGCCGGAUAGACAGGAGAUGAGGGCGGAGACGCUCUCGUAUCCCGAGGGCGCUGGGUGUAUGGUGGCCAGGUAGAUUUCCACCUGCAGGAGGAACCCCUGACACCCGGCUGCAGAACCAUCAUAUGCCCUCGGGAGCGAGAGCCGAAUGCCACUGGGUUCCGGUGCUGAGAGAGGAGGACUGGCCGUUGGUGAUGGGAUGGUGUGAGAAGGCGUGGGCACCUCUCCCGUAACCAACCGGCGCAGAGUGUUGGACACCUCGUUCAUGGCGGCCCCAAGUUGCCGGAUCAUGAUGUCUUGGUCGCUGAUCCGAUCCUCCAGUGACUUGGGUGCCGCCACUGCUCCUGCUGACUCCAUACUGGUGUGUUGUUCUGUCAAGGCUGAGGUGUAUGUGGUGUGGGAGUCAGGCGCAGGACACCGAAGCUUAGUCCAACAAAGUUUACUGUGAAACCACUAGGCAAAGAUACAGUAAACGGCCUCAAAACAAAACAGAGGCGAGCAAUACGCAAACUAUGCGUAUUACACUAAACAACGAAACAGAAACAAAAACAUGCAGCACUACGGACAGGCGAAAAACAACACACAACCUAACCAAUACAAAACAGGCAACUUAUAGGACACGUAAUCAGACACAAACGGACACAGGUGUAAAAGACAGACAAAAGCAAUCAAACAUAGAAACAUUCAACGGUGGCAGCUAGUACUCCGGGGACGACGAACGCCGAAGCCUGCCCGAACCAGGAGGAGGAGCAGCCUCGGCAGAAUCCGUGACAGUGUGCACAUGCAUGUGUGUGUGAGGAUGAGACAGAUAUCUUCAGCGAUCAUACAUGAAUAUGUGUGAGACACUUGAGAAAUGUGAAAGAAAAGGUUUUAACCAAAUUAAUUAGUAAUCAUCCGAAAUCCCAGAAAGAAGACUAUUUGUUUAAUUGAACAUGCUGGCCUGGCAGGAGAUUAUAAGGGAACUCAACUCUCUCCAAUCGUAAUCCAGUGGAACGGAAUAGGCUGUCGCACAUUAAGACCCAAUUUAGCCGUACACAAUGGCUAUUUCAGCCCAUUGAGGCCAAGCCAGUGGAUGAUAGUGUCACAGCUAUGUAUUCCCUACCAGAUACAUUACAGACAUAUCCACUUCAUCCUGUGUUUAGGAUUAGGCUGAACCAACCUAUACUCCAUUUUUACUAUUUUAUUCUAUGUCAUUACUUUUACAGGUUGUGUUUUGAUAGCAUGCCAAUAGCAUUUUUCUAACGUUGAUACACUAUUAUGGACCCCUUGCAACUAUUGUGAGAGUGGAGAGAACUUUUGUAACGGUAUUUGGUCAUUUGUUAAAAGCUAAAAGAGUUAUUAUUUUAUUUUCCAUGACAGAGGUGCUGGCUAAGUCAACAUCUCUUAUCUCAUAAAGAUAGGACACGUGUGUGUGUGCGUGUGCACGUGUGUGUGUGUGUUUGAGUAUGUUUACUUGCGUCAGUGUGUGUAUUUCCUCCACUCUUUCCAUUUUCCCUGAACUUAAUGAACUGAGUCACUCACUGCAGGAAAUAAAUCGAGAUGGAUCCUUUUUACUCAUCUGGGCUGAUGAUCCUAAUUGAAUUGGUCAUGGCAUGCUCGUUUUCUGUAUGCCACUGAGAGGGCAUGGCUGACAAACACCUACACCUGCCCACUAAUUUGUGACACCACUCUGAUUGGCCUAGGCCGGCCCUAGGGACUGUCAAAUAUGACAGAAAGAAAGAAAGAGUAGUAAUACCCAAGGGAAAAUAGAAAUAAGGGUGUGUGGGAGGACAAAAACGAGGGAUAGAGGAAGAGAGAUAAAGCUAAUGAGGGAUAGCAGGAAUGACAUGGAAGUUGAAGGGAGAAGAGUGAUAGGAAAGGAAAGGAGGGAAUGAGGAUUGCGUAGAGAGGUAGAGGUAGAGAGAUAAAGGUAGAGGGGGGGUGACAAACAUGACUUGGACAGAGGGAUGGAGGUACUGAUGGAUAGAAGAAUUGAAGGGGGUUUGGAGUGAGGGGCAGAAGGCAGUGAGGGAGAAAGAUGUAAUGGAGAGAGGGAGGGAUGGAGAGAAGAAGGGAUGGAGAAAGUGAUGUGGAGAGAGGGAGAUGGAGAGAGAUAGAGAUUGUAGGAGUGGGUGACUGCCUGAUAAUGUAAUCAAAGGAGUGACUCAUAAUACAUUUAGAUUCCUCCCUCUGUCAAGGGGUGUGUGUGUGUGUGAGUGUGUGUGAGUGCAGGUUUCAGUUUGUGCACGUACUGUAAGCGUGUGUGGAUGCCGAUGUGUUUGUUUACUGUGAGAGUCCAUUCUAAAUGUUUGCUUGUGCAUGCGAGCAGGGCUGUUUGGAGCCCACAGUUUACGUGCCAGUCAAUAGAUGAGUCAUCCAAUAAGAUACCAAGACAGAGGAGCUACAGAAACCGUCAAUAGGACCGCACAGCCUGAUUUCUAACAUAAUCUCUGAUAUUCUGCCACAUUUAUAUGUUUUGGUCAUUUGGUAGGAUAUCUAUAGGGAAAAUGUCAUAUAUUUGACUGUUUUGUCAACCGUCCCUGUUCUAGAAACGUAUUGUGUGGCAUCUGUGUUGUAAGGAUGAAUCUGAGGGUUUUGAUGAUAAUCCAAACAGUCAGUCUCCAGUCUCCAACUACCACCCCCCAUCUCUUCACUUCCUCCAGUAGUCGGAGAAAAACAGAGGAGAGGGAGAGAGGGAAGAUAAGUGACACGGCCCAAAAGAGAAGAGAAAUGCGAAAGAAAGAGGGAGCAAGUGAGAGAAAAACAGAAGGAGAAAGAGGGGGCGCAAAAGAGAGCAAGAAAAAGGAGAGAGAGAGGAGAAAUGGGGAAGAAAGAGGGAGCAAGUGAGAAAAAAGAGGAGAAAUUUGAAAAAAAGGAAAGCGAGAGAGAGAUCACAGCGAUGACUCAUUGCACUGGGUGGCGUUCCGCAGUGUCUGUGCAUAAUGCGGGAGGUAACACAGCAGCUCCAAGACUUUCCUAGUCUUUUUUUAGUCCCGUCUGCUGCUCUGAAUCAUCCCAUCUCUCCUCAGGGAGGACUGCUGCACUUUCACUCCCUACUGAUUAGCCAAUUAACACUAGUUGGGCGCCCCAAACAUAUACACAUACAUUUACAUUACAUACAUUAAAGGGAUCACUGAUUAGAUAGAGGCUUGGUAGAGGUGAUAGAGGUUGGUCUCGCACAAUGACACAAUGAUGAAGUAUUAUUGUUUUAUUACGCGUCACAAGAUUCUCAACCUUAGUGCGGUCUUCGGUGAUCCACUUAGUUGAAUAAUUUUGUUGGAUUAGCCUGCACGCUCUCCACACCAAGGGUUUCCUGCUGUAAGUGGUCAAGAGAGUGGAGUCAGCCAGGACAAAGAAAGCAACAAGCUGAUAAUUGAUUCCUGAAGGUCAACUUUGGACAUGACAGUCUCCAUUAGCGAAGAUGGGGCUAGCAUAGCGAGGUGGCCAUCUUCAGUUGACCUUUCUCCAUUGUUUUGGAGACUGGCCUAUGAUACUUGAUAUUCACAGACGCAAUUUAGGUGAAGUACCUCACUCUUAAGGCACCACAGCUGUACUGUUCUUUUUCCAUUGUUGCGUCGUAUGGGAGCUACUUCCUGUAUGUAAAUCCAGUGCCAAUGUCAUGAGAUCUUGUCUUAAAGGAAUACUUCAGGAUUUUGUCAAACUUCACUCAGAGACAUAUAAAUGGUAUCCAUGAGUUCAUCUGACUCUGGGGAAGUAGAUAAAGGGCCUCGUUGCCAAAAUCCCGGAGUAUACCUUUAAUGCUUAAUGUACUGUGCACAUUAUUUAACUACAAAUAACGUAAACUACUCUCUCUCUCUCUCUCUCUCUCUCUCUCUCUCUCUCUCUGUCUCUCUGUCUCUCUGUCUCUCUCUCUCUCUCUCUCUCCUUCUCUCCCUCCCUCCUUCUCUCUCUCUCUCCUUCUCUCUCUCCUUCUCUUCCCCCUCUGUGUCGCCAGAUAAAGGGCCUCUUUGCCAAAAUCCCGGAGUAUACCUUUAAUGCUUAAUGUACUGUGCACAUUAUUUAACUACAAAUAACGUAAACUACUCUCUCUCUCUCUCUCUCUCUCUCUCUGUCUCUCUGUCUCUCUCUCUCUCUCUCUCUCCUUCUCUCCCUCCCUCCUUCUCUCUCUCUCUCCUUCUCUCUCUCCUUCUCUUCCCCCUCUGUGUCGCCAGAUAAAGGGCCUCUUUGCCAAAAUCCCGGAGUAUACCUUUAAUGCUUAAUGUACUGUGCACAUUAUUUAACUACAAAUAACGUAAACUACUCUCUCUCGCUCUCUCUCUCUCUCUCUCUCUCUCUCUCUCUCUCUCUCUCUCUCUCUCUCCCUCAUUCUCUCCCUCAUUCUCUCCCUCCCUCCUUCUCUCUCUCUCUCCUUCUCUCUCUCCUUCUCUUCCCCCUCUGUGUCGGCCAUUCCAGCAAGACACUCGGACGUCGUCCUCCCUGCCCAAGCUGGACCUCCACGUGAUCCCUGUGUGGAAGAAAGGGCUCACAGGAAAAGGAGUGGUCAUCACCGUGCUGGACGACGGUCUGGAGUGGAACCACACUGACAUCUACCCCAACUAUGUAAGACCACGUUUCCACGGCAACAGACAUCACUAAGGGAGAGCGUUCCCAUAGCAACGUCAGUGACACUUACACAGCCAUUCAUGAAGCACUAAUAAGCAGUAAUAAAUUGCUAUAUGAUAGGUGGUGUUGACAGUUGUAUAGCGUGCAUUGAGUAUAGAACUGGACAUCAAUAAUAGGAGGAAUUAUUGUGGGUCUAGAUUAUUUUGUAGUUGUUGCGUUGACAGGUACAAUACUUGGCUAGUAUAACUGCAAAGUUGCCUUUAGCAUUUAUCAAGGUUUUUCCUCAAAUUGGUUAAAGUUCAUAGUGAAGAAGUCUUAGCUAGUGACUAUUGUGUUUGCACAUUUUGAAAUAGUUUCUGUAAAAGUUUCAAAUAAUCUACAUUUAGGCCGCCAAACCCCAUUGCAAGUGAGACGAUGGUUUUCAACAAUAAGUUGUUUUAGUCAGGUGGUUUUUAAUAAUGAACCAAAGCUCAUUAGACAGUCAUGUUGGCACAUUUCUCAAAUCUUAAAAUGAGAGGAUAUCUGCGUUUUGGUGGCAAACAGUAAUUCUAGCAUGGCUGUGAUUAAUGAAAUGGACUCAAGCGAGACGCUCAUUCAUCCUCACUCAUCGAGGCCCUCUGCUUUCAUUUGCAUCAUUUUCACAGAGUCAUUCUUACAAAAGUAAUUUUCUUGCCAUUAUUUGUUUUCUUGUACAUUAGAGCAGACUGGUAUGAAUGAUUUUGAUUCAAGUGUAAAACUUUUGAAUUAGAUAUUUUCAAAAUUACUAAUAAAAUUGUCCACACUCAUCUUAACUGCAGAUUAUAUUGUCUUAUUCAGUUUCUACAACCUUGUAGCAAUAAACCUUUAAGACUUAUCGACAAAUGUUAUACAUUCCACUCUCUCAAACUGAAUGGCUUUGUUUCAGCCCUAAAUAAUUUCCUCCAUGGUCCUCUUGUCUGGUGUUCAACCAUCCAUAGACGUUAUUUACAGUCUCUCUCAGUGACAACAGGUUGGCCCUCGGUCUAGUAACCUGUUAAGUGGGUUGCCAGAUUGGGUUCUGAAUCCUGUUGUGAUUUCCCUGUCUCGUCCUUAUCCAGGACGCAGCAGCCAGCUACGAUUUCAAUGACAACGACCCUGACCCCUUCCCCAGAUACGACUCCACAAAUGAGAACAAGUAAGUUGGUUAUUUAUUUCAGGUACAUAUCAUGGCUUUUUGUGGCAUAUGGGAGAAGUGUGUAGGACUUUUCACACACAUUUAUCUCUUUUCAAAUCAUCAUUUGUAUAUUCAUCAUUUACAUGCAUAUGCCUAUACUUAUGUGGGCUAUCUAGCAUAGUAUCCAAUCAAAAUGAUUAUGACUCCAGUAGUAAUGGAGAAUGUUAUUCCUCAUGGAUCGGGUCCCAUGCAGUCUGAAGGCCGCCAUACAAUCCAUGGAAUCCACUUCCUAGUUACAGCAUCCUCUAUGUCGAUUAAAUAACCUGUUAAGUAGGGGGGCAGGCUUACAGUAACACCCUAACACACAGGUCACAUCGGCUGGAAAUGGGCAUAUCAGACACACACAGAUGAUCCAACUGGAGCUGUUGAUGUAAAAUAAUGUUAUAACAGUCAUAUUGAUAGGGUUCCUCACUGAUUUGCUUUAUAUAUUACGCUAAGUGUGGAAAAUUUGAAAAGCAAUACAUUUCCCAGGGAAUCUAUAGAUUGACCAAUUUUCGACAUUUACCAGAAAAUGCUGUAUAUUGAAUUAUUCUAUUACAUGUCCAUGAGAUCUAGCCUGGGAGACAGGUUAGCGUGAGGGUCAGUAAAAGUAGUUCACCAGAAUAACACUCAGACUAUCGACUAAAUCUUUCCACUAUCUGCCAUUGUGCCUGGUAGUGUUUGCUUGGGUGGUAGAUCCCAUAGACGUAGAAUUACAGUAUUACAGAUAGUAUAAUUAUAGUAAAUCUAUUUAUAUGGUAGAUCCUAACCAUAACAACUCAAAGCAGUCCAUUUUACCUCUGACAAUGUCACAUCGUCGGAAAUUGGUUUGGAACUGAGGGAGAGAGAGAAAAUGGCUUAAUCUGUUGGGUAAACGUUAAAAGCACACAGAAAACCGCUUACUAAAACCCUCAAUGGUUCAAUGCUCCUCUCUCACUCUCUCUCUUUCUCUCUCUCUCUCUCAAUACAUGUAAAUGGGGACUCACUCUAUGACAGCUGUGAGGGUUACACAAAAAACACACACUCAGCCCACCCCACUGCCCACCCAUGUUGUUAGUGCACUCUUUUGUUGUCAAUCUACUCUGAGCGCUCUCUGUAUAAUUUAGACUCUAGCAGCAGGCUGUUUAUUGUCUCCUAUAAGCAUGCCAAAUGACAUGAAACCAAAGGACCUUUCAUUUUCAGUUGACAAGAUUCCCCCUCAGUAUCAAUAUUUUCUAUGGCAAGCACAUACUGAGAUGAAGGAGUUUACGUAACCAAACCCGAAAUGAAUCGGGUGACGCUGGCACUCUUCCAGAGGUUUUAUGGUGGAUCUGCAAUGUUUUGAUGAGAUUUUAAAGCUUACUGUAAGCAAUACUGAGAUUUACCAUCAACCAGUUUAGAAAGGUUCCGGAUCAGACUGGUGUAAUCUGAAUCCACUGCUACAUGUAUAUGAAAAUAUAACUUCAUUCCGUUAGGGACAGAUUGUUAAGAAAAAGGCCAUUAUGUUUAGUUGUAAUUGUGUGUUCUGUUUCUGUAUGUACUCAGGCACGGGACCAGGUGUGCCGGUGAGAUCGCCAUGCAGGCAGAUAACAAUAAAUGUGGAGUCGGGGUGGCGUACAACUCCAAGGUUGGAGGUAAGAGAUGUAACGCAAGCACACCUGGUGUGUGUGUGUAUCUGGGUGAUCCACACAGCAGCUAGAAGGGAAGUUGUCCUGGUGGCGGCCUACUUUUUUGAGCGGAUGGUUACGCAAUACCACUUAACCAAAUGACUGAGCAACAAUUGGGCACCUGUUGUAGGCCUAUACCAGUUAGGAUGGAUACAUGUUUUAUAUUUGGGCACAAGACUGCACUACUUGCAAAGUAUGACUCAAAACACUUCAACUACAGUCAAUCAAACAUUUCCCUGACGCGUUCCAUCAUGUUGACCUUCAGGGAUCCGCAUGUUGGACGGUAUCGUGACGGACGCCAUCGAGGCCAGUUCUAUUGGCUUCAAUCCGGACCACGUGGACAUCUACAGUGCCAGCUGGGGACCCAACGACGAUGGCAAGACGGUGGAGGGCCCCGGUCGCCUUGCGUCAAAGGCCUUUGAGUACGGCAUCCAGAAGGUAACAUGCCACAGUCCUUUAUUUUUUCCCCUUUAAAAAAAUAGCAUCACAUUAAUCAACAUCAUGUUAUUCUGUUGUGUCACCAAGUUCAUAUUGAUUGUAAAAUUGACCGUUCAACGGCACUCCACACUUCAUAAUGACUGAUUUAUAAAUAAGGAACUCAUAUUAUUAUUCCAACAUAAUUAUUCCACUUUUACCCACAUAGCAGUCAAAACAAACUAAAAUCCUAACAAAUCAUCUAUCUAAAUACAUAGAAAUGUGAUUAAAAAGGGAAGAUAGACAAGGAACCUAAGCAAAAGGCUACUAAAAACAAACUUAACACUAACUCCUCACCCAUCUCCUUCCCCUCAGGGCCGGGGAGGGAAGGGCUCUAUCUUCGUGUGGGCGUCGGGGAACGGGGGCCGCCAGGGGGACAACUGCGAUUGCGACGGCUACACAGACAGCAUCUACACCAUCUCCAUCAGCAGUGCCUCCCAGCAGGGCCUGUCCCCCUGGUACGCUGAGAAGUGCUCCUCCACCCUGGCCACCGCCUACAGCAGCGGAGACUACACCGACCAGAGAAUAGUGAGUGACCUUACCCCCAGCUCCCCCACACCACUGGAUAGUGGAGAUUAGUGUUUGUGUCACAUUUUGUUACUUUACUUUAUGGUACCUAUGGUAACUUUGUUUACUUCUGUCUUCCUGCAGACCAGUGCUGAUUUGCAUAAUGAAUGCACAGAGACACACACGGGAACCUCUGCCUCCGCCCCACUGGCUGCUGGGAUAUUUGCCCUGGCACUGGAACAAAAGUAAGGCAACAAUCAAAUUAAAUUAAAUUUUGGGCCUUCCUCUGACACCGCCUAGUAUAUAGGUCCUGGAUGGCAGGAAGCUUGGCCCCAGUGAUGUACUGGGCUGUACGCACUACCAUCUGUAGCGCCUUACAGUCGGAGCGUCUGCUUAAACGAUGACUUAAACAAUUUCCACUAAUGAAAUAGGUGUUUAGGGACAUGUCGGACUUCUUAUUUGUCUAUCCCCACUAACCCCUCACCUCAGCCCUGAGCUGACAUGGAGGGAUCUGCAGCACUUGGUGGUGUGGACGUCUGAGUUCGACCCGCUGGCCAACAACCCCGGCUGGAAGAGGAAUGGGGCAGGCCUGAUGGUCAACAGUCGUUUUGGGUUCGGCCUGCUCAACGCCAAGGCCCUGGUGGACCUGGCCGACCCAGCCACCUGGAAACACGUCCCCGAAAAGAAACAGUGCAUAAUCAGGGACGACUCCUUCCAGCCCAGGUACAAAGACACUCUAGUAUUCUAGUAUACCAGAAACAUGUAAUCCUCUUGACGUAACAUACAUGCAUUUUACAUUUACAUUUUAAUCAUUUAGCAGACGCUCUUAUCCAGAGCGACUUACAGGAGCAGUUAGAGUUAAGUGCCUUUCCAGGGGCACCUAUUUUCCACCUAGUCGUCAGAUUUUUCCACCUAGUCGGCUCAGGGAAUCGAACCAGUGACCUUUCGGUUACUGACCCAGUGCUCUUAACCUGCCGCCCUGUAUUGUUCAAUUCAGACUAAUUCCUGUGGACAAGCACAUUUAUGGAGUGCACCGGAAAUUCCAUUAGGGACAGAAUCCCGCGUCCUGAGAUGUCCCUGUGUUUUGGCUCUUCUAAUGACUCUAUGAUAAUGCCAUCUGUAGUUUGACCGGUUUCUCAUAUGGAACAAUUAUAACAAAGAGAUUUGUGUGUCGGGUCAAGUGUUGUUUUGUGUGUUUAUGUUAUGUGUACAUGCAUAAGCGCACAUAUGUGUAUGUCCACGGUCUGUAUUGAUAGGAAAGCUGGGAUUCCGUCUUAGAUUUCUGUAAUGGAAGGCUCAAACAAUCUUUGGAGCGAUCUUCUAUUUGCUAAUAACUUUAGGUUAUUAGGCUUUAGGAGUUUAAAGCUAGAGCUAAAGCUAGCUGGCAAUGUUGCAAAGCCAACAUUUAUCUCCAGAUUAAACCUCAGAAGGAAGGGAUUAGAUUUUUUUUAUCUGAGCAGAUGUUUUGUUUACCUUCCUUUCGGAUUAACUGCCUUAGGACGCGUGGGCGCUAGCUAGUUUAGCCACCAGCGCUAGGCUAAAUGACCUUCAGUUCAAAGGAUAGGUUUGGUAUAGAGUUUACAGUUAUGGUUCCUUACCCUGACAGUAGUUUACAGGCUAUAAGAGACUGUAGUCCACAAUAUGGAUUUCAUUAAACAGCCUUACUAGCCUCUGCUAACCAAACAUCAAUGGGAGAGAUUAGGUCAUGAGGACAAUAUUAGCUGUGAAUAAAGUUAUUUGUGACUACAAACACAAAGGACAAACACAAAACAUGUCUCUGCAACCUGAUUCUUGGUCAUGUCCCUUUGCCAGGCAGCUAGGAUUAAGCGACUCAGUGGCAUGACACCCAGUUUCCUUUUUACCUAGGCCAGGGAUCAUCAACUAGAUUAAGUAUUUUAUGUCCAACAAUAAAAAAUUAAAAUUAAAAAAUAUAUAUUUUUAAACUUCAUUUUAUUUUGCUCAGAAAACUUGGCGGGCCAAAUAUAAUCCCUUGGGGGGCCACCAGUUGGUUAACUUUGACCUAGGCCAUCAUGAUCACGCCACCUCUGUAUAAUCCGGAGGAUUUAAGCCUCCAUUUGUGUCAUUGCUCCAUCCAUUCACAUCUUGGGUGAAUAUAGGGAUUAACCCUGAUUUUGGGCCAACCACUGGCCAUCGAAAUGUAUGUGUUGUCAAAUCUGGUAAUAUGUAGUAUUCAUUUAAUAUAGUCAGACAGACAACUCUCAUUAGAAAUACUGUAUGUCAGAAUGUUGACAUGUAUCCACAAGUAACACAUACCAAUAUAACCAAUAAAUAAUGGUUAAUUGUCACUAUUUAGAUUUAUUAUGAGACCAUGUUUUGUCCGACUAUAUUCGAUGGUAUAUGAAUCAUGGCCAGUAUACGUUGAACCAAUGUUGUUUGAUUUGGUAUGUUAUGGUGGUAGUGCAACCACAGUACUGAUUUCCUGUGCUGUGUCAUUUUCCCAGGGCAUUGAAAGCAGCAGGAGAGAUCACCAUUGAGAUCCCCACCAAGGCCUGUGCCGGCCAGGACAACACUGUCCUCUCACUGGAGCAUGUGCAAGUGGAGGCCAGCAUCGAGUACACCAGGAGAGGAGACCUACACAUCACGCUCACAUCCCCAACAGGUUAGACACACACACACACACGUUUGUUAAACUAUCCUUCAAAAUCCUAUUUUCCCUAACCAUAACCCUUAACCUAACCUUAUCGCCUAACUCUAACUCCUAACCCUAAUUCUAACCCUAAUCCUAAUUGUAACCUUAAAGCAUGAAGCACACCGAGAAUCUCACUGCCAAUAGACUUAUCACAGUGGGAGGCCGUUCCUUCUCUUGCGAGAACAAAAGCGGUACCUGCUGCAUGCCGACCCGUUAGCGACAAACCUACCGUUUCUACUUGUAGAAUAGAAAUGCUCGUCAGUGGCCAACAACUUGACUUGAGCCAAUCAGAGAUACUAUAUAUUUUUUUAUAUAGUAUAUCCACGGAUGAGCCUGUUACACUUCAUAUGCAAUGUAGGCUAUGGGAUGGUAGCUAGUUACAGUAAGUACACAGACGCAAUGCACACAACACUAAAUACUUCCUCCAAGCUAGCUAACCACUGUAGUUAGUAUUGACAUUACAAUUAAAUGACAAUGGAUUAGCUAGUUUACAUGAAACAGCUGCCUGUGUUAGCUGCCGAGUUAGAGCAGUGUCCUCUAGCAAAUAUGCUAACGUUAGCUAGCUAGCUAAACAGUUGGCUAUGUGCUGGCACUGACAGUAUGGGAUUAUGGAGAGUGAAUUAAAUUGUUUCUUCGUCAUAUUGCUAGGUAGUUAUCUAGCUGUGGCCAUCUGGCUAGUAUCAACAAGGGCUUUCUACAAAAUAACAAUAUUAGCGCAGCUAGCUAGCUAGCUAACACUGGAAUCUAGACCAUAAGCAACACACACAGACAUGCAUUGACAAACAACGCUAUUGCCACCUCUUGGUUUGGAGUAUUUUAACAAGGCUGAGUAGCUGAUGACUUCACAAAAGAGAUUGACUGCUGACACUGUUCAGAGGUGCUAAGUACUGUCGGCAGAUAAAUGUUCGACAAUCCUGGCGGUAUGUCUGAGCUAUAACCCUAAACCUAGCCCCUAAGCCUAAAAUAGCCUUUUUCCUUGUGGGGACCGGCAAAAUGUCCCCACUUGUCCGAAUUCUCCUUGUUUUACUAUCCUUGUGAGGACUUCAUGUCCCCAGGAUAGUAAAACCAAAAAACACAAGGCUAUAUGAUCCAUUAUUAUUUUCUGCCAUCAGGCACUAGCACGGUCCUGCUGGCAGAGAGAGAGAGGGACAUGUCAUCUAACGGCUUCAGGAACUGGGACUUCAUGUCUGUUCACACCUGGGGAGAGGACCCCACUGGCACCUGGACCAUCAAGAUCACUGACAUGGUCAGUCACAGGGCUGGAGAACGCUUUGGCUGUUUCACAUUUUAAAGGGAUAGUUCCAAUCCAUUACUCUCCAACAAAGUUUGUUUAGACGAUUUCAAACUUAAUAGAAAAUGGAGCUGGCCAUUUACUGUGGUCGAACUGCUCAAAAUGCCACAUAGCAUAGGCAUUGUGUUGUAUCAAUUGUCCAUAUUGUUUUUGACGCUCUUUUUAUAUUUCCCUUUGUCAGUCCGGGCGGAUGGAGAACGAAGGUCAGAUCCUGACCUGGAAGUUGAUUCUCCAUGGCACGUCAGAGAAGCCCGAGCACAUGAAGAAACCCAGAGUGUACGUCCCCUACAAUGCUGUCCAGAAUGACCGUAGAGGAGUAGAGCACAUGGACGACAUGAUAGGGGUGAGCACGAUAAUUAAAGGGACUUUUCACCUCUUUUUAACUUCAUAUUUAUUAUCUCCGGAACCAUACCAGUGUCUACAUAUGAGAUAGUUAAAUAUACAUGUGUAUAUAUGGUCUGUCGACUGUUGUCAGACCUCAAAUGCAAUUCUGUGUAGCUUACUGACCUCAUCCACUAAACCAUUUUCUGUCUGUAUGUCUGUUCUUCUUUCUCUCUAUCCAAUCCUAUAGGAACUGCCCACCCAGGUUGAGGCCCACCCACCCCAGAAGACCCAACCCCCUCCUUCAGCUACCCCCGAGAGGAAGCAGACGAGGCCCUCCUCCCCACCCCUGUCCCCCUCCCUGGCCCUCCUGCGUCUCCUCCAGACGGCCUUCAACCGGCAGACCCCCUCCCUUCCAGGGGGAGCAGGCCCUCGCAUCGCUCCACAGAAGCUGUACCAGGCCCUGGACAGGAUCAACCAGUACCAGCGGACCGGGCAGGAUGACAGCCUUUACAGCGACUACAGUGACGGCUUCUACAGCGCCAAGCCCUACAGGCACAGAGACGACCGGCUGCUGCAGGCGCUCUUCAACAUGCUCUCUGACGACAGGCAAUGA